AUGGGGACCGCUGCCCCUGACAAUCGGUCAUGUGGGAUCCCAGCCAGACGUUUCGGGACUGGAAAUAAGCAGCAGCGCACGCGCCAUCGUGGCCGACCUGCGCACUCCUGUCUGCCAACCAAGUUCACCAAUGAUCUCAAGACCCUGCAGGCCAAGCACCUGGGCGCCACCCUCACCUACCUCGCCCCCGCCAACUCGCUGCAGCUCUUCAGCGUCUCCAUCGACGUCAACGACCCCAACGCGCCGCCGGCGCCGGCCACCAGCACCGCCCCCAACGCGGCCAACGCGGCCAAGCCCAGCACCGCCCCCAACGCGGCCAACGCGGCCAAGCCCAGCACCGCCCCCAACGCGGCCAACGCGGCCAAGCCCAGCACCGCCCCCAACGCGGCCAACGCGGCCAAGCCCAGCACCGCCCCCAACGCGGCCAACGCGGCCCAGCUGAACGCUCGCAACCUCCCAAUUUACACGGCGGACGGGACCCCCAAGCCCACUACUCCUUGA